GUUUCAUGAACGAGAUCAGUUGUAUUUGGUAAAUUGAGUUGUGCAAUCUAUUUGUUUGGGAGACAUGGACUAGUAUGGAAACAGAAGUGAGAAGUUGCAUCCAGCAGCAAGGGAAUACAGCACUUUAAAGUGAUUUGCUUCUACGACGAGACAUAACGAAAAGGAACCAGCAUGGCGGUGGAUUAUGUGGAUUAUGGCGAUUACACUGCAGACAAUGAAACCGAGAACAACACCACCACUACAACAACUGGACAGAUUUUCAAUAGUCCUCAGUCUUCUUUGACUCAUGUUCUAGUGGCGGUCAACAUCAUCAUAUCUGUUAUUGGCCUUGGAGGAAAUUCAUUGGUGAUAUGGAUUUGUGGAUGGAAAAUGAAAAGAACGGUCUACACCACCUGGUACAUCAGUCUGGCCAUUUCAGACUUUUUGUUCUGUGCCUUUUUGCCCCUGGAGGUUUUCUACGUGAUCACCUCACACUGGCCUUUCGGACUGGUCUUGUGCAAGCUCGCCUCCUCCGCCCUGUUUCUCAACAUGUACAGCUCUGUGUUUCUGUUGGUCCUGAUCAGCGCUGACCGCUGUUUAAUGACUUCAUUCCCAGUGUGGUCACACAACCACCGGACAGUGCGGAAAGCAUUUGGAGUUGUCGUCCUCAUGUGGGUCCUCUCUGCACUCCUAACGUUGCCCUCACUGAUCUUCAGACAAACCACGGUCCACGGCUCAGUCACUCAGUGCCACAACGGUUACAUGGGAUCCUCCAGACACCAGACGGUGGUGCUGACUCGGUUCAUCUGCGGGUUCCUGAUUCCUUUCCUCAUGAUUGUGUUCUGCAGCUCGGUGCUCACUGUGAAGCUGAGAAGUAUGACCAUCAGGUCAACAAAGCCUUACAAAGUCAUGGCGGCACUCAUCUUGUCAUUUUUCUUCUGCUGGGUCCCCUAUCAUACCUUUGUUCUUUUAGAGUCAGACCUGAAGAACCACAACCACAGCGUAGACGUACUUCAAACUGGCCUGAAGGUGGGGGCCACCCUGGCUGCAGCAAACAGUUUCAUAUCCCCACUUCUCUACGUGUUCAUUGGUAACGACUUUAAACGAAUCCUAAAGCGGUCUUUCACAUCAGGGAUAGAGGAGGCAAUGGCGGAGGAUUUCCGUACAGGUGGUCUCAAUCACUCAAAGUCUAAGUCAAUGGAAGUUAUCUAAAAUCAAGUUGAAACCUUUGUCAUCAAUGACAAGGAGUAUUUCACAGUACAGAACAUGAUUAUAGAGCUGGGUGAUAUUGACAAAAUCAUAUGUCAUAGGCAUGUUUUACCCGUGUAUACUGUAUAUACAUAGACGUAUCAAUGAUUUAUUUAUAAUGAUGAUAAAACUUCAUUGAUGUUUACACAAUAUCCAAUUUGCAUGACACAAUGAUCACAUUUGGUCAUUUGGAUUGUGUUGGACAGCUAUGGAUUAGCCACUGACAUUAAUUAUUGUGUCUUUCAUCUUAAAAAGAAAAUUGUAUAUUAUUUUUAAUUUUUAAAUUGUUUUUAUGAGUGUGAAUGAAUAGCUUGUGUGUUGUUAUGUUAGCAAACCAGUUUGCUUCAAAAUGCCCCUUGUUGGAUGAAUAAAGUAUUUUGAAUGAAAUUA